CUGCCCUGCCAGCCACCAUGGGGCUGCCGCUAGCCCCUCUGGCGGCUGUCUGCCUGGCCCUGUCUGUGGCAGGGGGCUUGGAGCUCCAGACAGAGGGCAGAACCCGAAACCAUGGCCACAACGUCUGCAGCACCUGGGGCGACUUCCACUACAAGACCUUCGACGGGGACAUCUUCCGCUUCCCCGGCCUCUGCGACUACAACUUCGCCUCCGAUUGCCGAGGCUCCUACAAGGAAUUUGCCGUGCACCUAAAGCGGGGCCCGGGCCAGGCUGAGGCCCCCGCCGGGGUCGAGUCCGUCCUGUUGACCAUCAAGGAUGACACCAUCUACCUCACCCGCCACCUGGCUGUGCUGAACGGGGCCAUGGUCAGCACCCCACACUACAGCCCCGGGCUGCUCAUCGAGAAGAGCGACGCCUACACCAAAGUCUACUCCCGCGCCGGCCUCACCCUCCUGUGGAACCGGGAGGACGCCCUCAUGCUGGAGCUGGACAGUAAGUUCCGGAACCACACCUGUGGCCUUUGCGGGGACUACAACGGCCUACAGAGCUAUUCAGAAUUCCUCUCUGACGGUGUGUUCUUCAGUCCCCUGGAGUUCGGGAACAUGCAGAAGAUCAAUGAGCCCGAUGUGGUGUGUGAGGACCCCGAGGAGACGGUGGCCCUCGCAUCCUGCUCCGAGCACCGCGCCGAGUGUGAGAGGCUACUGUCCGCUGAGGCCUUCGCGGACUGCCAGGACCUGGUGCCGCUGGAGCCGUAUCUGCGCGCCUGCCAGCAGGACCGCUGCCGGUGCCUGGGCGGUGACACCUGCAUCUGCAGCACUGUAGCCGAGUUCUCCCGCCAGUGCUCCCACGCUGGCGGCCGGCCGGGGAACUGGAGGACUGCCACGUUCUGCCCCAAGACCUGCCCUGGGAACCUGGUGUACCUGGAGAGUGGCUCGCCCUGCAUGGACACCUGCUCACACCUGGAGGUGAGCAGCCUGUGCGAGGAGCACCGGAUGGACGGCUGUUUCUGCCCGGAAGGCACCGUGUAUGACGACAUCGGGGGCAGCGGCUGCAUUCCCGUGAGCCAGUGCCACUGCAGGCUGCACGGACACCUGUACACACCGGGCCAGGAGAUCACCAAUGGCUGCGAGCAGUGUGUCUGUAACGCUGGCCGCUGGGUGUGCAAAGACCUGCCCUGCCCUGGCACCUGCGCCCUGGAAGGCGGCUCCCACAUCACCACCUUCGAUGGGAAGACGUACACCUUCCAUGGGGACUGCUACUACGUCCUGGCCAAGGGUGACCACAACGAUUCCUACGCUCUCCUGGGCGAGCUGGCCCCCUGUGGCUCCACGGACAAGCAGACCUGCCUGAAGACGGUGGUGCUGCUGGCCGACAAGAAGAAGAAUGUGGUCGUCUUCAAGUCUGAUGGCAGCGUGCUGCUCAACGAGCUGCAGGUGAACCUGCCCCACGUGACCGCGAGCUUCUCCGUCUUCCGCCCGUCUUCCUACCACAUCAUCGUGAGCAUGGCCAGCGGCCUCCGGCUGCAGGUGCAGCUGGCCCCAGUCAUGCAACUCUUCCUGACGCUGGACCAGGCCUCCCAGGGGCAGGUGCAGGGCCUCUGUGGGAACUUCAACGGCCUGGAAGGUGAUGACUUCAAGACGGCCAGUGGGCUGGUGGAGGCCACGGGGGCCGGCUUUGCCAACACCUGGAAGGCGCAGUCAAGCUGCCAUGACAAGCUGGACUGGCUGGAUGAUCCCUGCUCCCUGAACAUCGAGAGUGCCAACUACGCCGAGCACUGGUGCUCCCUCCUGAAGAAGACAGAGACCCCCUUUGGCAGGUGCCACUCGGUCGUGGACCCCGCUGAGUAUUACAAGAGGUGCAAAUAUGACACGUGCAACUGCCAGAACAACGAGGACUGCCUGUGCGCCGCCCUGUCCUCCUACGCGCGCGCCUGUGCUGCCAAGGGGGUCAUGCUGUGGGGCUGGCGGGACCGUGUCUGCAACAAGGAUGUGGGCUCCUGCCCCAACUCGCAGGUCUUCCUGUACAACCUGACCACCUGCCAGCAGACCUGCCGCUCCCUCUCUGAGGCCAACAGCCACUGUCUUGAGGGCUUUGCGCCUGUGGACGGCUGCGGCUGCCCUGACCACACCUUCCUGGACGAGAAGGGCCGCUGCGUGCCCCUGGCCAAGUGCUCUUGCUACUACCGCGGCCUCUACCUGGAGGCAGGGGAUGUGGUCGUCAGGCAGGAAGAACGAUGUGUGUGCCGGGACGGGAGGCUGCACUGUAGGCAGAUCCAUCUGAUUGGCCAGAGCUGCACGGCCCCAAAGAUCCAUGUGGACUGCAGCAACCUGACCGCACUGGCCAUCUCGAAGCCCCGAGCCCUCAGCUGCCAGACGCUGGCCGCCGGCUAUUACCACACAGAGUGUGUCAGCGGCUGUGUGUGCCCCGAUGGGCUGAUGGACGACGGCCGGGGCGGCUGUGUGGUGGAGAAGGAAUGCCCUUGCAUCCAUAACAAGGACCUAUAUUCCCCCGGGGCCAAGAUCAAGGUGGACUGCAAUACCUGCACCUGCCAGAGAGGACGCUGGGUAUGCACCCAGGCUUUGUGCCAUGGCACCUGCUCCAUUUAUGGGAGCGGCCACUACAUCACCUUUGACGGGAAGUACUACGACUUUGACGGACACUGCUCCUAUGUGGCUGUUCAGGACUACUGCGGCCAGAACUCCUCACUGGGCUCAUUCAGCAUCAUCACCGAGAACGUCCCCUGUGGCACGACGGGUGUCACCUGCUCCAAGGCCAUCAAGAUCUUCACUGGGAGCACGGAGCUGAAGUUGGAAGAAAAGCACCAUGUGGUGAUUCAGCGCGACGAGGGUCACCAUGUGACCUACACCACGCGGGAGGUGGGCCAGUACCUGGUGGUGGAGUCCAGCACGGGCAUCAUCGUCAUCUGGGACAAGAGGACCACCGUGUUCAUCAAGCUGGCUCCCUCCUACAAGGGCACCGUGUGUGGCCUGUGCGGGAACUUUGAUGACCACUCCAACAACGACUUCACCAGACGGGACCACAUGGUGGUGAGCAGCGGGCUGGACUUCGGCAACAGCUGGAAGGAGGCCCCCACCUGCCCGGACGUGAGCACCAACCCUGAGCCCUGCAGCCUGAACCCGCACCGCCGCUCCUGGGCCGAGAAGCAGUGCAGCAUCCUCAAAAGCAAAGUGUUCAGCAUCUGCCAUGGCAAGGUGGACCCCACGCCCUUCUACGAGGCCUGCGUGCACGACUCGUGCUCCUGUGACACGGGUGGGGACUGCGAGUGCUUCUGCUCUGCCGUGGCCUCCUAUGCCCAGGAGUGUACCAAAGAGGGGGCCUGCGUGUUCUGGAGGACGCCAGACCUGUGCCCCGUAUUCUGCGACUACUACAACCCUCCACAUGAGUGUGAGUGGCACUAUGAGCCAUGUGGGAACCGGAGCUUCGAGACCUGCAGGACCAUCAACGGCAUCCACUCCAACAUCUCUGUGUCCUACCUGGAGGGCUGCUAUCCCCGGUGCCCCAAGGACAGGCCCAUCUAUGACGAGUUUGGGAAGAAGUGUGUCACUGCAGACAAGUGUGGCUGCUACAUCAAGGACACCCACCACCCACCUGGAACGCCGAUUCGCCCCGAGGAGAUCUGCAAGUCUUGCAUGUGCACCAACUCCUCCCAAGUCAUCUGCAGGCCAAAGGAAGGAGAGAUUGUCAACCGGACCCAGGAUGGCGUCUUCUGCUACUGGGAGUUCUGUGGCCCCAAUGGGACGGUGGAAAAGUACUUCAACAUCUGUUCCACUACACCACUCCCGUCCACUCUGACCACCUUCACCACCGUCACCCUCCCCACCAGCCCCACCACCUUCACCACCACCACCACCACCACCACCACCACCACCACCCCGACCCCCAGCACAGUUUUAUCAACAACUCCGGAGGUGUGCUGCUUCUGGUCUGACUGGAUCAACGAGGACCACCCCAGCAGUGGCAGCGACGGCGGCGACCGAGAGACGUUUGAUGGGGUCUGCAGGGCCCCUGAGGACAUCGAGUGCAGGUCGGUCAAGGAUCCUCACCUCAGCUUGGAGGAGCUAGGCCAGAAGGUGCAGUGUGAUGUCUCUGUUGGGUUCAUUUGCAAGAAUGAAGACCAGUUUGGAAAUGGACCAUUUGGACUGUGUUAUGACUACAUGAUACGUGUCAAUUGUUGCCUGCCCAUGGCUUGUACCACCACCGCUCCACCAACCACCACUCACAGCCCCUCAACAACCACCACAACCACCCCUCCACCAACCACCACUCCCAGCCCCACAAACACCACAACCACCCCUCCACCAACCACCACUCCCAGCCCCACAACAACCACCACAACCACCACUCCCAGCCCUCCAACAACCACCACGGCCACCCCUCCACCAACUACCACUCCUAUCCCUCCAACAACCACUCCCAGCCCUCCAACAACCACCACAACCACCCCUCCACCAACCACCACUCCCAGCCCUCCAAUAACCACAACCACCUCUUCACCAACUACCACUCCCAGCCCUCCAACAACCACCACUCCCAGCCCUCCAACAACUACUCCUCUCUCUCCAUCAAUAACUCCUUCUGCAUUUUCACCAUUCUCAACGACAACCCCUACUACCCCAUGUGUGCCUGUCUGCAAUUGGACUGGCUGGCUGGAUUCUGGAAAACCUGACUUUAACAAACCAGGUGGAGAUACAGAAUCGAUUGAAGGCAUCUGUGAACCAGGAUGGGCAGCUAACAUCUCUUGCAGAGCCACCAUGCAUCCUGAUGUUCCCAUUGGACAGCUUGGACAAACAGUGGUGUGUGACGUCCAUGAGGGGCUAGUAUGCAAAAAUGAAGACCAAAAGCCAGGUGGGGUCAUUCCUAUGGCCUUCUGCCUCAACUAUGAGAUCAACGUUCAGUGCUGCACCCCCACUCACAGUACCAUGACUGGGUCAUCUGCACCCACCACCCCCAGCACUGUGCAGACGACCACCACCAGCGCCUGGACCCCCACGCCGACCCCAAUCUCCACACUCAGCAUCAUCACGACUACAGGCCUGAAGCCGUCCAUCUCCACCCAGAUUAAAUGCUGUGUCCUGAACGACACCUUCUACGCACCAGGUGAGGUGGUGUACAAUGGCACACACAGAGACACCUGCUAUUUUGUGAACUGCUCACUGAGCUGUACCUUGGAGUUCUAUAACUGGUCCUGCCCAUCCACGCCCUCCCCAACGCCCACGCCCUCCAAGUCGACGCCCACGUCUUCCAAGCCAUCGCCCACGCCCUCCAAGCCAACGCCCAGCACCAAGCCCCCCGCAUGCCCAGACUUUGAUCCUCCCAGACAGGAGAACGAGACUUGGUGGCUGUGCGACUGCUUCAUGGCCACGUGCAAGUACAACAACACGGUGGAGAUCGUGAAGGUGGAGUGUGAGCCGCCGCCCAUGCCCACUUGCUCCAACGGCCUCACCCCCGUGCGCGUCAGCGACCCUGACGGCUGCUGCUGGCAUUGGGAGUGCGACUGCUACUGCACGGGCUGGGGGGACCCGCACUAUGUCACCUUCGACGGACUGUACUACAGCUACCAGGGCAACUGCACCUACGUGCUGGUGGAGGAGAUCAGCCCGUCCGUGGACAACUUCGGAGUUUACAUCGAUAACUACCACUGUGACCCCAACGACAAGGUGUCCUGCCCCCGCACCCUCAUCGUGCGCCAUGAGACCCAGGAGGUGCUGAUCAAGACCGUGCACAUGAUGCCUAUGGAGGUUCAGGUGCAGGUGAACAGGCAGGCGGUGGCAGUGCCCUACAAGAAGUACGGGCUGGAGGUGUCCAAGUCUGGCAUCAACUACGUGGUGGACAUCCCUGAGCUAGGCGUCCUCGUCUCCUACAAUGGCCUGUCCUUCUCCGUCAGGCUACCCUACCACCGGUUCGGCAACAACACCAAGGGCCAGUGCGGCACCUGCACCAACACCACCUCUGACGACUGCAUUCUGCCUAGUGGGGAGAUCGUCUCCAACUGUGAGGCUGCAGCCGACCAGUGGAUGGUGAACGACCCCUCCAAGCCACACUGCCCCCACAGCAGCUCCACGACUAAGCGCCCGGCCGUCACUGUGCCCGGGGGCAACAAAACGACCCCACACAAGGGCUGCACCCCAUCUCCCCUCUGCCAGCUCAUCAAGGACAGCCUGUUUGCCCAGUGCCACGCGCUGGUGCCCCCACAGCACUACUACGACGCCUGCGUGUUCGACAGCUGCUUCGUGCCGGGCUCGAGCCUGGAGUGUGCCAGUCUGCAGGCCUACGCAGCCCUCUGCGCCCAGCAGGGCGUCUGCCUCGACUGGCGGAACCACACGCAUGGGGCCUGCUUGGUGGAGUGCCCGUCUCACAGGGAGUACCAGGCCUGUGGCCCUGCAGAAGAGCCCACGUGCAAAUCCAGCUCCUCCCAGCAGAACAACACAGUCCUGGUGGAAGGUUGCUUCUGUCCUGAGGGCACCAUGAACUACGCCCCUGGCUUUGAUGUCUGCGUGAAGACCUGCGGCUGCGUGGGACCUGACAAUGUGCCCAGAGAGUUUGGGGAGCACUUUGAGUUCGACUGCAAGAACUGUGUCUGCCUGGAGGGUGGAAGUGGCAUCGUCUGCCAGACCAAGAGGUGCAGCCAGAAGCCUGUUACCCACUGUGUGGAAGACGGCACCUACCUCGCCACGGAGGUCAACCCUGCCGACACCUGCUGCAACAUUACCGUCUGCAAGUGCAACACCAGCCUGUGCAAAGAGAAGCCCCCCGAGUGCCCGCUGGGAUUUGAAGUGAAGAGCAAGAUGGUGCCUGGCAGGUGCUGCCCCUUCUACUGGUGUGAGUCCAAGGGGGUGUGCGUUCACGAGAAUGCUGAGUACCAGCCCGGUUCUCCAGUUUAUUCCUCCAAGUGCCAGGACUGCGUGUGCACGGACAAAGUGGACAACAGCACCCUGCUCAACACCAUCACCUGCACCCAUGUGCCCUGCAGCACCUCCUGCAGCCCAGGCUUUGAACUCGUGGAGGCCCCCGGGGAAUGCUGCAAGAAGUGUGAACAGACGCACUGUAUCCUCAAGCAGCCUGACAACCAGCACGUCAUCCUGAAGCCUGGGGACUUCAAGAGCGACCCCAAGAACAACUGCACAUUCUUCAGCUGCGUGAAGAUCCACAACCAGCUCAUCUCGUCCAUCUCCAACAUCACCUGCCCCAACUUUGACGCCAGCAUUUGUGUCCCGGGCUCCAUCACACUCAUGCCCAAUGGAUGCUGCAAGACCUGCAUCCCUCGCAAUGAGACCAGGGUGCCCUGCUCCACCGUCCCCGUCAUCACGGAGGUUUCGUACGCUGGCUGCACCAAGACCGUCCUCAUGAAUCAUUGCUCCGGGUCCUGCGGGACAUUUGCCAUGUACUCGGCCAGGGCCCAGUCCCUGGACCACGGGUGCUCCUGCUGCAGAGAAGAGAAAACCAGCCAGCGUGAGGUGGUCCUGAGCUGCCCCAAUGGUGGCUCGCUGGCACACACCUACACGCACAUCGAGAGCUGCCAGUGCCAGGACACCAUCUGCGAGUUGCCCACCGACACCUCCCGCCGGGCCCGGCGCUCCCCCAGGCAUCUGGGGAGUGGGUGAACUGGGUGGGCACAGCCACCCUUCACUGCCCUCCACAGCUCUGCCUCCCCCGGACCCUCUGAGCUUCCUGGCCUCCUAAGCUUGGCUUCCUCUCUUCAGAUAUUUAUUGUCUGAGUCUUUGUUCAGUCUUUGCUUUCCAAUAAUAAACUCAGGCAGACACGC